AAAUCAGGUUUGCCCGUCGCCAGUCGUUGUUAGGUUACCGCACGGAUAAACUAAAAGCUGGACAAUAUGAUUAGAUAUAUUUGUCUUCUCGCCAUCGCUUGGUCUGCAAAUGCACAAAAUUUCGAGUCGAGUUUUGACAGUUUUUUAACGUCUUUGAAUAAUUAUAACAAAUCGAUUGAGGACCUGAAAUGUUCGAAAAUAGAGCCUUCGGAUGGGGAUAUAUGGCAAGGGUGUUAUGACUGCUACACCUGCGACCAUCCAAGGUUCCUACAGCACUAUAAAGCCAAAUCGACAACACGCCGAUUAAUUGUGGAUGACAACUGCGCACCGCUUGAAGUGUGUUGCGUUCACCAACUUGAAGUUACUAGCAUAAGGAGUCAAGAGAACUGCGGGAAGAGUAACCCUGAAGGUGAACCGAGACGCGUCAGAUCCACAUUGAGAAGUGUACUUCCCGGACAGUACCCAUGGAGGGCCUGGGUUUAUGCCGACAACACAAAAUUGUGUCCGGUGUCAUACAUAAAUUUCUUCCCGGAGGUGCUCGUCUCGACGGCGACUUGCAUGACAAUUGCAACGAGAGAAGAUAAUUUAAGCGUUCGAUUCGAGCGGGAUCCCAGCAAAAUUGCAAACAUUAUCAGUGUCAAAAUACAUCCAAAUUUUGACUUUGAAAAAAAUGACAUCGCGCUUAUAAAGCUAGACACAUCUGUGAAAUCUUCUCACCCUGUGUGCAGAGCAGAAAGAGCACCGGAAGUCGGCACCACUUGUGUGGUUGUAACGAGUGAUGAUAUUACCAUAACAGCUAUUAUACCACCACAAAAGAAUUGUAACAAUACAGAAGGAACCCUGUGUGCAGUGGUGCCACGUCAGGAUUUUAUUCCUGAAACUGCCAGUGGAUUGUUUUGUGUAGAUCAGUUACAGAGUCAACAAGUCGAGAAAUAUUUCCUACACGGAGUAAUGUUGAGUCAUUCCGAGAAUGUCAUAAGAUAUACGCAGAUAAGCCACUACGAGAAGUGGAUCACUGAUGAAAUACAGUCUAUGGCUUGAA